AUGGUGUCAUUUCUUCACACACUUCUAGCCCUUCCUUUAUUGCUAUUAUUCCUCUUCAUGAAAUACAAAAAUAUUAUUAAAAACUCACCAACAUUUCCUAAAGGUCCAAAAGGGUUACCCAUCAUUGGCAACCUUCAUCAACUUGAUACUUCAAAUCUCCAUUUACAAUUUUGGAAUCUCUCAAAAACCUAUGGUCCUCUUUUCUCCCUUCAAAUUGGUUUCAAACAUGCAAUUGUUGUUUCAACACCUAAAUUGGCUCAACAAAUACUCAAAGAACAUGACCUUGAUGUAUGUAGUAGACCUCCUUCAUAUGGUCCAAAAAUAUUAUCUUACAAUGGCUUAGAUUUGAUAUUCUCACCAUACAAUGAUUGUUGGAGAGAGAUAAGAAAAAUUUGUGUGGUCCAUUUUUUUAGCUCCAAAAAAAUUUCAACCUUUUCUCAUGUGAGAAAAUAUGAGGUCAAGAAAAUGAUAGAAAAAAUAUGUGAUCAUAUUUCAAUUUCCAAAAUUUCAAACCUUAGUGAGAUUAUAAUGUCGGUCUCAAGCGCUAUAGUAUGUAGAAUUGCUUUCGGAAAAAGUUAUGAAAAUGAAGGAGGUGAAAGAAGUAGGUUCCAUGGUUUACUUAAUGAGACACAAGCUAUUUUUCUUUCUUUUUUUGUUUCGGAUUAUAUUCCUUUUAUGGGAUGGAUUGAUAGACUCACGGGGUUAGUUGCACGUGUUGACAAUACUUUUAAGGGAUUGGAUAUGUUUUUUGAAGAAGUACUUAAAGAACAUAUCAAUCCUAAUAAUAAGAAGAAAGAAGAAGAGAAAGAUAUUGUUGAUGUGUUGCUUGAGUUGAAGAAACAAGGUCGUCUCUCAAUUGAUCUCACUAAUGAUCACAUCAAAGCUGUCGUUAUGGACCUACUUGUAGCAGCUACUGACACAAGUGCAGCCACAUCAGUUUGGGUAAUGACUGGAUUAAUGAAGAAUCCAAGAGUAAUGAAAAAAGCUCAAGAAGAAAUUAGAAACCUAUGUGGCAAUAAAGAGUUCAUAGAUGAAGAUGAUAUUCAAAAGCUUGUUUAUUUUAAGGCUAUAAUAAAAGAGACUCUAAGAUUCUAUGCACCAGCACCUCUAGUGCCUAGAGAGACCAAUAAAAAUUUAAAUCUAAAUGGUUACAAAAUUGAGCCUAAGACAUUAGUAUAUGUAAAUGUUUGGGCUAUUCAUAGGGACCCCGAAACUUGGAAGGAUCCAGAAGAGUUUUAUCCAGAGAGAUUCUUAAACAAUGAUGUAGAUUUUAAGGGACAAGAUUUUGAGUUUAUUCCAUUUGGUGCUGGACGUAGAAUUUGUCCUGGCAUAUCAUUGGGAAUUGCCACAGUUGAAAUCAUAACUGCAAAUCUUCUUAAUUCAUUUGAUUGGGAAAUGCCUAAAGGAAUGACAAGGGAAGAUAUAGACAUUGAAGGGUUGCCAGGACUUGCUAGACACAAGAAGAAUCAUCUUUUUCUUGUUGCCAAAAAUCACAUGUGAAUGUCACAAGGUUAAUUGUUGUGCAAUUAAUAAAUAAAUUAUUUGCAUAAAAUUAUGCUAAAUAUUGUAGUAGUGUUUGAGAUCAUUCUAUUUAAUAUUGAGAAUAAUUUAUGUUCCUCUUAUUGAA